AUGCUCCUCGCCGAGGCCAUCUUCUCAAUGCGCCUCGCGCCGACGGAAUUCCAGGAAAAUCCAUAUGCCGACAACGACAUGAAUAGAAAAACAACUGCUGCUGCGCACGCGAAGUUACAGUAUGUUGCUAACCUUGUAUCAAAGUUAGCUGCAGCCUACGGACUGCGACUCGAAAUGGAAGCUGGAGUGAGACAAAGGGGCCGUGAUGAGAUCCUUUCUGUUCAACUUAGCCGUCCAUGA